AUGGCUACGAGACAAGCUCAAAAAAGGCUAACGAAAGAGUAUAAAUCCAUGGUGGAAAACCCACCUCCAUUCAUCGUAGCACAGCCCAACGAGGAUAACAUUUUGGAAUGGCACUAUGUGAUAUCAGGACCUCCAGAUACGCCGUAUGCUGGGGGACAAUACCACGGAACGCUUUUGUUUCCAUCUGAUUACCCUUUCAAGCCUCCAGCGAUACGGAUGGUAACACCCAGCGGACGAUUUAAGGAAGACACUCGAUUGUGUCUCUCGAUGAGCGACUACCAUCCUGAUACGUGGAACCCGUCGUGGUCGGUGUCGACCAUCUUGACGGGUCUCUUGAGUUUUAUGACCGGCAACGAAAAUACAACGGGCGCUAUUACGACAACCCCAGAUCACAAGAAGAAAAUGGCCAAACGGUCCAAAGAAUACAAUACGUUCGAAAAUGCACGUUUCAAAGCAGUGUUUCCAGACCUGGUAAAGGAAAACCUGGCCUAUUUUGAAGAGCUGAGAAAGAAGGGCGAGCCAGGAACUGGGGGUCCAGAAAAGGACGUGCUAGAGGAGGCUGCGAAGGAAAAGGCCAUCAAUAUUGCAGACAUCACAGAUCCGGAGGACAGAAUAAGAGUGGAAGAAGAGCUGCUCAAAGCACAGAAAAACAGGAAAUCCAAGGGAGAAGCAAAUCGGUCGAAGCUCUACAUCUUUUUCGCUAUUGUGCUCGUACUUGCAGGUAUUAUCAUGAAGUAG